AUGAGCCCUUCUGAGAUUGACAACCCUGCCGAACGUCCCAUGUUGUUGAGCGACUUCAUCGACUACUGCGACCACAUGAUGACCAUUGUGAACUCACACGAGAAAAAGCCGCAGACCAUCGAGACGAACGAUGAGUACCUGCUAGCACUGAAGCGCUCAAUCGAGCGCAGCGAUCGUGUGUAUGGGAUCAUGCAGAUAUUUGGGUUUCAGUUGGGAAAGUCGAGACCGGGCUGUGACCCGCACGUCGAAUUCUCACUUGCAGAACUGGAGGAUGAGCUCGGUCGAGAGCUGCUCAUCCGGGAACCUAUUAUGAGCCAGAUGCAUAUCUUUGAGAUUCCUUCCCAGCCUGGGAAGAGAUGGAGAAUCUCUCAAGACUCUCAACCUACAAGGCGUCUAAAUUAUGGCGACGGCAAGUCAGUCUUUGAUGCCAUGUCGGUAAAGGCAAAGCUCUCGACCGUCACUCUCGAAGGCGUUAACUGGGGCCACUUCAGCGGCAAGAUCUGCAAAUUUAGCAAGCUGGUCGAAAUUUGGAAUACCAAAGCGGGAUGGAGAGGCGGAAACAUUGACCUGGAUGGCCCAGAACAAUGGACCGCUGUCCAUGGCCCUGAACUUGCGCGCAAAGAAGCGAUUGCUUUCAGUCAACAGCACCCAGACGCAGUUCUCUUACUUCUGGGCCUCGCAGAGAUUAAAGCACCUCCCAACGACUGGAGCAUGCCAUCCUGA